AUGAACAAAUCGAUCCAGUAUAUAAUAAGACAUAAAAGACCUGUCCUCAUUCAGUCACUUGUUUCAGGCCGGCCAUCUCCAACAGUCAUCUGGCUUAUAGACAGUGUACCCGCACCCCAAUACAUCGGCGAGAAAUCAGAUUCGCACGUCGUUGUUAACAAACUCGAGUUACCUCACAUCAAGAGAUCCCACUUGAAUACCACCUUCAAGUGUCGAGCCUCGAAUACAAACCUUGUCAGCCCUCAAGAGAAGACGGUGCGCUUAGAAAUGAAUUUGAGGCCGACGUUAGUGCAGAUAGCGAAGAAGCCGGCGACGUUAUCAGCGGAGCGGCACGUCAGCUUAUCAUGUGUGGCGGAGGGAAGCCGCCCGCCCGCCCAGCUCACUUGGUUCAAGGACAAUAGGAAAUUCACCAGGGGGAAGGUAACUGAGGCUGUAAAUGAUACAUGGGUAAGCAGUACCAUUCAGUUCACACCUCUUCCCGAAGAUGAUGGUGUUCAGGUCAAGUGUCAGGCGGACAACAGCGCCUUACCAGGACAGAGUAUAGAAGAUGCCUUCAAACUAGAUGUUGUGUGCCGGCCAUCUCCAACAGUCAUCUGGCUUAUAGACAGUGUACCCGCACCCCAAUACAUCGGCGAGAAAUCAGAUUCGCACGUCGUUGUUAACAAACUCGAGUUACCUCACAUCAAGAGAUCCCACUUGAAUACCACCUUCAAGUGUCGAGCCUCGAAUACAAACCUUGUCAGCCCUCAAGAGAAGACGGUGCGCUUAGAAAUGAAUUUGAGGCCGACGUUAGUGCAGAUAGCGAAGAAGCCGGCGACGUUAUCAGCGGAGCGGCACGUCAGCUUAUCAUGUGUGGCGGAGGGAAGCCGCCCGCCCGCCCAGCUCACUUGGUUCAAGGACAAUAGGAAAUUCACCAGGGGGAAGGUAACUGAGGCUGUAAAUGAUACAUGGGUAAGCAGUACCAUUCAGUUCACACCUCUUCCCGAAGAUGAUAGUGUUCAAGUCAAGUGUCAGGCGGACAACAGCGCCUUACCAGGACAGAGUAUAGAAGAUGCCUUCAAACUAGAUGUUGUGUAUCCGCCAGUUGUUUCCUUAUCAUUGGGUAGUACGCUAAAUCCGGACGAGAUCAAAGAGGGCGAUGACGUCUACUUUGAAUGUUCUGUGCGUGCCAAUCCAAAAGAACAUCGUAUCACGUGGUACCACAAUAAUAAACCAGUUGGGCACAACGUACUUCUAGGCGUUAUAGUAAGCACAAAGUCCCUAGUACUACAGAAAGUGACCCGCGACCACACUGGAGACUAUUCCUGUCGAGCGUCUAACUCACUAGGCGAAACAGCCAGCCAGACAACUCAUCUAAGUAUACAAUUUGCCCCAGUAUGCACACAUACUUCGCCACAAGUGUUGGGAGCCCAAAUGGAGGAAACACUGCGCGUGAGCUGCUCUGUAACAGCAAAUCCACCGGAUGUGACGUUUUUUUGGCAAUUCAAUAACAGCGGAGAAAGUCUUGACGUUUCACCUUCUAAAUAUGGCACUGCAAAUGGUAGCACCAGCGAAUUGAUCUACAAGCCUCAAAGUGAAAGGGAGUACGGCGCUCUCAGCUGUCGAGGCACUAAUUCUGUUGGCAGACAACUUGAACCUUGCAUCUUUCAAAUUGUACCAGCUGCACGUCCAGCACCACCCCGGAACUGUUCUUUGCAAGCGGACAUUAAUGGCACGGAUGGACUGACAGUGUUAUACGUCCGAUGCGUCGCCGGCUAUGACGGAGGACUGCCGCAGUCAUUUGUUUUACAAGCCUUGGACCCUGUCACUAAUAACAAUAAGUACAACAUUACUGUCAAUGACACUGAUGGACUCGUGACCUUCAAGAUAGACCUAUCCCAAUUGUCCCCCGGUGACGCAGAGGGUGCCACUGUGAAUCUACUCAUAUAUGCGAAAAACCUUAAAGGUGACUCGGAGAAAACUCUAUUGGAAAACAUUGCAUUUAACGACGCAGCGAGGAGAACAGAUGGCAAGAACAGUAUUGGAGGGGCCACUUUAGGUAUUCUAGUGGCAGCCGCCUCAGGCGCUACUCUAGCUGCAGGUGGCAUCGCUCUAGCCGCACUGUUUGCUCGGAGAAAGAGGUCACAUCCCCCCCACAAACACCCGCCUGGGGAUAUGCUGGAAUUGAGUGACGGGGGACGGCGGUAUGUCGUCGCUUACACGAUUAAACCUUCGCCAGACUCGAAGACGCCAGAACCUCAGCCAGACAUAUUGAAUGCCCCAGAUGGUGAAAGUCAAAACGUUCUUGCAACAAAUUCUGAUGCGGACGAAUGGACUGUACGAGAUGUUAAAGGUGACUGGUCAAAAACGGGAGCAGUUUUCUCUGCAGAGGACCUAGCACUUUUAGAUACGACUGUACACCCGCACCAAGUUAACCUCACACCAGAAAGUGACAUUACACCGAUGGGCCGACAUGAAGACUUGAUGAAUCAAAAUCUUUCACAACCCCUAUUAUCUAAUAAUUUUAGGCCUAGCUUAAGUCCUACAUUAGGUAGCCCCAACUUCGUGUGCCCAAAUGGCAAUAUUGGCUCUCCAUUCGGUAGCCAAACCCUGACGUUAAGCGGACCCACUUUGAGUUCAGGGAGUCUGGCUACAUCUACCUUACAUAGAAAAGGAAAGAGUAAUGUUAGAAGAAGAGAACAUGUUUUAGCGGAAAAUUUGCCAGGGCCUGAAAGUUGUGUAUAA